CAUGUUGUCACAUCUGUGUGUUGUGCUUGUCAGUCUGGUGAGCGUGUGGCGACGUGCCUGCCUCCCCCAGCAGCAGUGCGCAGACGCCGGCCGGGCAGGCAGAGCUCGGUGACAUGCUCCUGGCUGUAGGAAGGGGAUUACCUUCCCAGUUUAUGUACCAGCUUUCCCACCUACUGCUGAUCCUGUGUUGCUGCGUUCUUUCCUUCUACCUCGCUGUAUCCAUUCACCAUCAGCAGCGCAGCAUUGCCCAUCUCUCUCUCACCUGCCUGCCAGCAUGAUCCACUCGCCCAGCACCGCACGCUACAUGCCGCCUUAUUUGCCUGUUGAUUGAUUUGAUUUUUUUGCUGGUCUUAAAUGGAUGGCCUUUCUGUGUCAUUCCCCAUUCUCUAUGUCAGCACAUUGGACUCGUAGGUGCAGUAACAUGCACAUAUAGCCAUCUCAUAGGCAGUGCAUUGCUCCAGACUAAUCUACCUUCAUCUCCCAGCGCUGCUGUCAGCCUGGCUGAUACCCUCUCAGCUCACCACUUGGCAGCUCGCCGGUGCGGGAGACAGGGACUCCGCGUUCAUAGAUCGGGUUUAUGAAUGGCACUGAUAUGGAGGAAAUACCGUUUCAGAAAGUCAAAACCAGAAGGAAGAAGUGCCGCUGCUCCCCCGCCCCCCCACUGGAUGCCAUCGCAUGCGAGGACGAGUUUGACUGCAAAGAGCUGGAGUCCCUCUUCCAGAAUUACAACCUCAAGCUGGAGCAGACCUCGACCUUGAAGGCUCUCGCCGUCCUGAUCGUAAUGACAGCUACCCUGGCGCUGGUAGAACUGAUGUCCGGCCCCAGCUUGACCAUCUCUAAAGGCUCCCACCCCGUGCACUGUAUCAUCUUUGUAUCCCUUUUUAUUGUGACCAAUGUGAAAUACCUGCAGGUAACGCAGCUUCAGCAGAUUGUCAAGCUCACCCUGCUCUUCAGCUUCACUUUCUCCUUUCUGUGUUGCCCGUUCUCGCUGGGACCUUACGGCUUGGGACCCCCCAUUUCAUCAGAUCAGGGAAUGUGGCAGCUGAUGCUGGUGACGUUUGUGUCCUAUGCCCUGCUGCCGGUCAGGACUCUGCUGGCCAUUGUGUUUGGAUUCAUGGUGUCUGUUUCUCACAUCAUUGUCACAGCUACAUCUGUCAGUGUUAAAAGGCACAAGCUCUGGAGAACGCUUGUGGCCAAUGCUAUUCUUUUUGUCAGUGUAAAUUUAUCUGGGGUCUUCGUGCGGAUUUUGACAGAAAGGGCCCAAAGAAAAGCUUUCCUUCAGGCCAGAAACUGCAUAGAGGAAAGGCUCAGGCUGGAGGAUGAAAAUGAAAAACAGGAACGUCUUUUAAUGAGCCUUUUACCUAGAAAUGUUGCCAUGGAAAUGAAGGAAGAUUUUCUGAAGCCACCUGAGAGAAUUUUCCAUAAGAUUUACAUUCAAAGACAUGACAAUGUUAGCAUUUUAUUUGCAGACAUAGUUGGUUUCACAAGCUUGGCAUCCCAGUGUACAGCACAAGAGCUGGUUAAGCUGUUAAAUGAACUAUUUGGAAAGUUUGAUGAACUGGCAACAGAGAAUCACUGCAGAAGAAUAAAGAUUCUUGGAGACUGUUACUACUGUGUGUCAGGAUUAACGCAGCCCAAAACAGAUCAUGCUCAUUGCUGUGUGGAAAUGGGAUUGGAUAUGAUAGACACCAUUACGUCUGUAGCAGAAGCUACUGAAGUGGAUCUCAAUAUGAGAGUAGGAUUGCAUACGGGUCGUGUACUGUGUGGUGUUUUGGGGCUUCGCAAAUGGCAAUAUGAUGUCUGGUCCAAUGAUGUAACACUGGCCAAUGUAAUGGAAGCAGGAGGAUUGCCAGGGAAAGUUCAUAUAACAAAGACCACCUUAGAGUGCCUAAAUGGGGAUUAUGAAGUUGAACCAGGUUAUGGUCAUGAAAGAAAUAGUUUUCUGAAAAAGCAUAAUAUUGAAACAUUUUUCAUUGUGCCAUCCCACCGAAGGAAGAUAUUUCCAGGACUGAUUCUGUCUGAUAUAAAGCCAGCCAAAAGGAUGAAGUUCAAGACUGUCUGCUAUUUGUUAGUGCAACUCAUGCACUGUCGUAAAAUGUUCAAGGCGGAGAUCCCAUUUUCAAAUGUAAUGACUUGUGAGGAUGAUGAUAAGAGUAGAGCUUUACGAACAGCCUCCGAAAAACUCAGGAACCGUUCCUCAUUUUCCACAAAUGUCAUACACAAUACUCCUGGAACCCGUGUGAAUCGCUAUAUUAGUCGUCUGAUUGAAGCUCGACAAACUGAUUCAGAGAUGUCAGAUUUGAAUUUUAUAAGUUUAAGAUAUAAGCAAAUUGAACGUGAACAGAAAUAUUACCAGCUUCAUGAUGAAUAUUUCACCAGUGCAGUCGUUCUUUCAUUAAUUUUAGCUGCCUUAUUUGGCCUUGUCUACCUUUUAAUAAUUCCACAAAGCACUAUUGUCCUUGUCCUCCUGGUGCUCUGCAUAUGCUUCCUAGUGGCUUGUAUUAUGUAUCUACAUGUCACACGAGUGCAGUGCUUUCCAGGGUGCCUAACAAUACAAAUACGAACCGUUUUAUGUAUUUUCAUAGUAAUAUUAAUAUACUCCGUGGCACAAGGAUGCGUGGUUGGCUGCAUGCCUUGGUCAUGGAGUUCAAAUUCCAGCAGCUCCAUUAUAAUUAUCUCUCCACAUGGAGAAAAAAAUAAAACCAUGGACGAAAGCCCCUGUGACACAGCUCACUAUGCUUUCUUGUCCUGUGUGGUGGGCACCUUAACGAUGGCAAUUUUUUUACGCAUUUCUUCAUUGCCAAAAAUGAUUUUACUUCUUUUUGUUACUGUUUUAUACAUAGUAGUUUUGGAACUCAGUGGAUACAGAAAAGCCACAGGGCGGGGCUCAUUUUAUAUGCGAGGUUAUGAACCCAUUCUAGCCAUCUUGCUGUUUUCCUGUGCUUUAGCACUUCACUCUAGACAGGUGGAUUUGAAAUUACGCCUGGACUACCUCUGGGCUGUGCAGGCAGAAGAGGAGAGAGAUGACAUGGAGAGAGUCAAAUUAGAUAAUAAAAGAAUUCUCUUCAAUCUCCUGCCUGCGCAUGUUGCACAACACUUUCUCAUGUCUAAUCCAAGAAAUAUGGAUCUUUAUUAUCAGUCUUAUUCGCAAGUUGGUGUGAUGUUUGCUUCUAUUCCUAAUUUUAAUGAUUUUUACAUUGAACUUGAUGGCAAUAAUAUGGGAGUGGAAUGUUUACGACUUUUAAAUGAAAUAAUUGCUGAUUUUGAUGAGCUUAUGGAAAAGGAGUGCUAUAGAGACAUUGAAAAAAUCAAGACAAUUGGAAGUACUUACAUGGGAGCAGUGGGAUUGGUUCCAACAACAGGCACAAAGGCAAAAAAAUCUAUUUAUUCGCAUCUCAGCACACUGGCAGAUUUUUCAAUUGAGAUGUUUGAUGUUCUUGACGAAAUCAACUAUCAGUCUUAUAAUGACUUUGUUCUGAGAGUGGGUAUAAAUGUUGGCCCUGUAGUUGCAGGAGUCAUUGGUGCCCGACGCCCUCAAUAUGACAUUUGGGGUAACACAGUAAAUGUUGCUAGCAGAAUGGACAGUACAGGGGUACAAGGAAAAAUCCAGGUAACUGAAGAUGUUCAUCGGAUAUUAAAGCAAUGCAAUUAUGAAUUUGUUUGUCGAGGUAAAGUCAGCGUUAAAGGCAAAGGGGAGAUGUUAACAUAUUUCCUUGAAGGAAAAGUUGAUGGAAUAAAUGCACAAACGCGAUCUUUAAACUUGGAACGUAAAAUGUACCCUUAUGGCAGAGCAAACGUUCAGACAAAGCUGGGUACUAGCUCUCCAUCAGUGGCAGCUGCACCAAGUUUUACAGUUAGCCCCGCAACGGGCACACUUCAACCUACAACAUCUCAUGCAAAUCAGACGCUACAUUACCUUCCUUCUGUGCCUGCAGUUGAAGAGGCAUAAAACAAAGUGUACUUGUUUGCGCCAUCUACAGUGAGAUUAAUGCAAUUGCCUGUUCUUCUGAUAAGAAAUAUGGGAUCAAGAGAUGUCACAAAACCAAGGAUAAUUUAUCCAACCAAAGAGAACUAUGAGAACUGUAAGAAUGGGAUAAAUCAAGGGCUAACAAUUGUGUUAGGUGUUCAGGGAACAGGAGUAAUGUUCCACUUUAUAAUGGAGGAUGAAUGAUGGGAUUUGAGUAAACCAAAUUCAAUCAAUGAUUGCAUAAUGAUAGUGAAAAUAAGUAUGUCUGUUAAGCAUAACUAUAUGAGGUAUACAUGGGAUACAUUCAUCAAAGGUACUUAUUUAUUUCAAGAAACAGAAGUACAAUUUACUGCAAAAAAUAUAAAUCACAAAUGGAUACUUUGUUAUAAGAGAUAACUAACUUCCAUUUUUUAAUGUACUCCCUGUCUAAUUAUUUUUGUGGGUAAACUUGGUGGGUAAACUUAAGUACAUCAUCCCUAGAACUUCCAAAUUUAAGUUGUAAAGAAUGUAUAUAUAUAUAUAUAUAUAUAUAUGGUGCUAUGUGUGAAAGCAAGGUCACUUGUAAUAUUUCGAUAAUAUUGAAUACUUUUGAACACAUUGGAUGAAGUUGUGAUGUUUUGUCCUGAACAGACUGAUUAUUUAAGUGACACAUCUUUCUAUGCUUUUGCAUGUAGUUAGUAUCUUUGCAUGAAACUUUGAUAUUUGUACAGCAGAAAAAUGAGGAAAAUUAAGAUUGGUCUCAGGGUUAGACAGCUAACUUCUUAUUGUUACCAUUUAGGAUAUUUAUAAAUAUUGCAAACACUAGUUACUGCACAAUGUGAGAAUGCUUUUGAAAGUCCGCUGUGCCCUAUGUGUAAGUGUGGCAUGCUAAACAAGAUGCACAAGUAACUUAUUAGCUAAACUAGCAGGCUACAGAUGUGCCCCAAACAUUAGGUGACUUUACAGCAAACAGCUCGAGGUGCCCAACAGGACUGAGAUACUUUGAGAGGAGUAGCAUACCAUAUUUUUCUUUACGUUCUGUGACUUAGUCGCAUGCUAGAUGCAGCAAAACACCAACUUCAGCUUUAAUUGCACAGGAAUUGGUAUAAAACAUGUAUAAAGUGGCAGAUGAAGCACACCAGAACUUGGCGUGAGUAAAAGUUGCAGCUGCUCGCAUUGGAGCCCUUAUACAGAUUCAGACUCAGUUGCUAUCAGAUGUUCAAAUAUCGCACUCCCCAGUGAUCAGUGUAUGAUAGCAAUGCAGUUCUGUCACUUCAGAUGUUUUCUUUAUGCGAAUAAGAUGCUCUAUGUGAGCAAAAAAGGACAUACUGCACUGAGUCGCAUGGGACAGCCGAUAUGGGGUAUUUGCUGAGAUUGAAGCCACAGUAAAUGUAAGACACAUCUGUACAUGACUUAUCACACUGGUGGCACCUGUGGAUACUGCAAGACAAUAUUAGGCUUGUAAAGAUCGUUUUACCUUCCAUAGACUCUCUAAUGUUUGCAGAUAAAGGGAAAUACAAUUAUUACAAGUUCUUUGCAUUUAUGUAAUAAGAUAACUUUUAAUAAUAAGUAAUAAGUAACUUUUUUUGUGCAAUAAACAUAUCCGCCAUUAA